AUGCAUAUCCUAGAUAAAGGAAGCUCUUUCAUUGUGGAAAGCAUAAUAAGGGCUUUCGAGAGCCUGGAUGCUUUAACAUCUGAAGAACCACUGCUACUUGUUCUCAUUGAUGAUCAUCUGAAGAGACAAGCUAGUGAGAUCCCAUCAGUGGGAGCUUUGCGUGAUAGAGUGGUUCCCAAACCCACUGCAGCUUUGCGCAGCAGUUGGCCAGAGCAGCAGGCGCUCCCGGCCUCGUAUACUCGCAGGAGGAAGAAGUCAGCACUUCGCUGUUGUACAUCUGUCACUAGCUGGAAACCUGUGUUCCGACCGCUGUUCGGAGAAGAAGGAACAAUCAAAGGCUUUGCAUGUGACAACACAAGUCCGGUUGCUACUGUUCUAAUAGAAGUAUCACCAAGUGUCAUCGGAACUGGCAGUGAAACAGCAGGCAGUGCAGCCCAGGCCCUGCAGCGCAAUGGACACCGUGCCCCUCGGCAGAUGCGCUUUUGCAGGGCUGUGUCCGCUGCUGGGUGUAACCCUGAGUGCCCUCCGCUGCUGCCCUCCUCCUGCAGCGAAAGAGGUGGGCGAGAGGGUGUGAUGCAGCGAGGAGCAACACAGCCCGUUCCUCCGGCGUUGGGGAGAGGAGGUGCCGGCGAGCGCUGGCUGUUGGUCAGGCUACAGAGACAGAAAGCGCCUUCUGCGCUUCAGCAGCCCCCCAGCCCCUUGGGCACGGCGUGGUCCGGGGUGGGAGGUGGCGGCAGAGGCCGCGGCAGCUUCCUGAGGAUCCUGCCAGCUGCUCAUGUCACCAGUGACACUGAAACCAAUUCAGACAACUCAGAUACUGAUGCUGAGCUGAAGAAAACCGAGUCAGGCACUGGCAGUGAUGAGGGAGCGCAGGGAGCACUGAUCCAUCUGCCCCUGCCCUCCUCUGCGCCCCUCAGCCCCGUGCAGGUGAACACCGGGCUGCCCGAGUCGUCCUGGAGACCACAGAUGAUGGUUUUACUGAAUGGUCUUAUCGUUGCCUGUUACCAAGGUUAUGUGGAUAUUGUAAUAGCCUUAGCACAAUGCCCUCACCUUGAUGUGAACUGGCAGGACAACGAAGGGAACACGGCUCUAAUUACAGCUGCACAGGCAGGGCACAUAACCAUUACAAACUAUUUGUUGAACUAUUUUCCUGGGCUUGAUAUUGAGAAGAGGAAUGUGUUUGGAUUCACAGCACUGAUGAAAUCUGCAAUGCAGGGCCGAACUGAAUGCGUGAAGGCCUUGAUGUUGGCAGGGGCCAACGUUCACGCGACUGACCCAAGCCGUGGACUGACUCCAUGGGAAUGGGCUUGUUACACAGGAAGAUCAGAAUCUGCCUUCAUCAUGCAAAAGCUGAUGGACAGGCCAUGCCCGGAGCAGUUUUGUGAGCAAUAUAAACCAGAAUGGCCAAAAAUGAAGGAACUUCUUGCCAAGGCUGCAGAGCCAAAAAGCUGUUUGCAGAGGAUUUCCGAGUGUGUGAGGGCAGCUGUCUCAUUCCGGUCUUUCUACGGCCCAGAAGAAGACGGGGUCCUCGAUCACAUGGUGAAGGUGACGACAAGCUUGAGCAGUCCUUUCGUCGCCCUGUCAUGCCGGACAGUGUGCCCGGGCAGCCCACCUUCUGUGGGGAAGCGCCGGCUGGCUGUGCAAGAGAUCCUUAGGAAGCAGCGAGCCGAGGAGAUCCGAUCCCAGGACAAAGACCACUUCAGCAGCUACGAGAAGAUAAAACCCAGAGCCCCGCGGACCCCCAAGAAGAGGGCCCGGCGGCCCAGCCUGCAGCCCGCCAGCCUUGCGGUCUCCCAGGUGAGCACCGUAGCCAGCAGGAAGGCAAGCCUCUUGCCGCUCCACCUGCUCCGGCGGAGCAGCGUCAGGCCGGGGUUUGUCAUCCCCAAAGUCCGCAUCUGCAAGGCUCCCCCGCCCACCUUCCAGCCAGAAAAGGCGAGGAGGAGGAGCAGUGCAAAGGACGAUCCCUACUUACAGAUUCCCAAAUGGAGAUACAAGGAGCUGAAAGAGGAGCGGAAGAAGGCAGAGGAACAGGAGAAGAGAAGAGCAGCGGAGGCUCAAAAACAGAGGCAGGUGUCUCCUGCCCGGUGCAGGACCUGA